GAAGAAGACGCAAAAUAAAAAGCAGCUGUCUAUUUGUUGGACCACCCUAUUUCCUCACAUCGUUCCACUUCUUCGGAUCUCAUUGGUUUUGGUGGUGCUACACCAACUGUUUUUAACCGAACAAAGGAAGGUUGUUUGGUUUCUUAUGUUGAGAAUGAUGGUGUUGUUGGUGACUUCAUCACUCAAUUCCAAUUCAGGACUCUCCCUCAAGAAAUCCACAAGCUCGACAUUUUCCAUAUUCGCUUUGGAAGUACGGAUUGUCAUGAUUGGAACACAAUAUCCCUGAUAGAUGCGGAAGGGAUACACCGUUUGAAUUUCAUAGAUAAUGAAAAGUGCUUCAAUACCGAAUAUAAUUUUCGUACAAAAAGAUUAAGUCAAAACAAUCUUUCACUAACAAAAUGGUGAACUAUGUGAAUGGGCUCGACGUGGAAGGUGAUAUCUUAUUUUUGAAAGCAUGUGGAUGGGAUGUUCCAAGAGAGAUUACGGUCCCUUUCAUGAUUUAUACUUAUUUUUUGAAAAAAGCGGUUCAACAUCACCUCACUAUCUACGAUAUGGCCGUUAUUGCCCUGAAUCAUCGCAAACCCCCUAAAUUCAACCUUUGCAAGAUGGUCUUGGAAGAUAAUGCGGAGAAUUCCCAAGAAGAUGAACUUUUUUUACGAAAGACUUAUGAGAAGAUAGAUUCACGGCUAGAGGAGUACCCGCGGUUGUUCUUUAAGAAGAAUAGAUGGUAAAUGAUUGGUUAGGUAGUUAUAAAGACAAUAAUGGUGUAGAAAUAAAUCAUGUCAUGUCUUUUAGGUGUUCUUGAAUCUCUGUGUCAGUCAUUUCCUAAUGAGCACCCUUAGAUUCCAAAUACAGCUUUUGGCCUGAUUAGUACGUAACUACUGAUUUGCGGAUAAAUAAAAAAGUAUUAGUAACUCCAUCUUUUGUCCAUUUUAUUUUUGAAGAAAGAUCUUUAAUUUGAGC